AGCGGGCCGGACGCGCGUGGUGUCGCCCUGGGGACCAGCCCCCUCCCAGCCCCUGCGGAAAGUUUCAGCACCUGGAGGCCGAGUCUCCUCGGCGUGGUGACCCUCCCCGCCCCUAGCCAUGGCGCAGGGGACCGAAAACUGCGAUCCCAUCGGAUCCAUCUUACUCCAGGUCCAAGAAGACCUUCACCAAUUAAAGGAGAAAUUAACAAAAUUCCCAAGUGAGGAAGAAAGAAAGACUCUAGAUAUUCAGAGUCUUGAAACAGCAAUCCGAAGGACAGAAAUGGGGUUAAGAAUUCACCUUCAGAAGUAUUUAGAUGUUGUAAACCAUCAUGUGUUAAUGACUUCUGUUGAUGAGAACUUACAUUCUCCUGUAGCUUCAAAAUGGUUGUUUCCAACUGUAAUUGACUGGAAGUCAUUUGUUUUUCCCCUGGAAUCUGAGGGUAAACUUUGGCGACUCCCAAAACAGCGUGGGUUAAUUCCAAGAGUAAAGCAAAAGAUAGGGUUGAAUGUAAAAAUCAUGCAAGAUCCUGAAAACAUCCACCACAGAGCUGCUGUAAAUGCGAACUAUGGGAUCAGUUUGCCAUAUAUUAAUCAGAGAAAAGCACAUGUGAAUGUUCAGAAAUUAAUCAAAGGGUCCACCAUCUCCAACCUCACAGUCCCACCAUCUUCUCAUGGCACGGAUCCCUGGUUUGUCCCCGUGCCAGUCUUACAGAAGGAUGCCGAUAAAGGGAUUUUAAGUAUGAUAGAAUGAGGGCUGAUCCCCCCAACAGCAAGGAUUACCUUUCGGAAUCCACCCAUUACACCCAGAGCAGCUCUUCUGCACAGUUUUGACGAAGCACAUAAGCUUCCCACUGCAGCCCCCAUCACUGUGCCUCAGAAACCACCACUGGUUCCAGAAGAAGUUCAUUUUGAUUUAACCAAGUCUCGUUCUUCAUUGUAGGGGAGAGGCAGAAGGUCAAGAGGACACUAUGAUGGGAAGGCCAUGAAAACCACAUCUUCCAGAGCUCCCAAAUCAGCAUGGGAUUAUGACUUUUCUAUUCAUGAUGGCAUCAUAGACAAGACAGCCCCAGACUUCUUAGCAUUCAAGGAACAUUUUAGCUUAACUUGGAGGAGCAUUUUCUCUCUCUUAGAACACAUUGAGAAGUUUCUCAGGGACUAUGCAAUACCAGAAGUCAAAAUAAAAGGGAGGAAUUUGGUGGCCUUCCUGCCUGAGUUUGAGCUGACGAAUAAACUUACCCGAAACGAUCUUCUCUCGGUAUUAGAGAACCCACUUCACGUCCAGAUGUUGUUAAACCUUCCAGGACAGAGGUACAGGGGCCAAGGUGGAAAGUCAGAGGCUGCCAGCAAGAUCCAAGCCACGUGGAAAUGCUUCAGAGCGAGAAAAUUCUUCCUCACUUACCGCCAGCAGAAGUGGGCAUUGGGUGUAAUUGCCAUCGCUUGGCUUUUACACUGCCACAAGACUCGACUGAAGAAGACCCUGAAGGAAUCACGUCAGAGACACCUGGAGAAUUUCCGCAUCCGAGCCAAGCAUCUGGCAGCCAACUGGAAUCGCAUCAGGACCUCCAGGAGGACUAUUAUCCAUAUCCCAUCAUUAGGAUAUUCACAACCUGUGCGAGAACAUAUUGCUGAUUUCAGCACACAACAGAAUAUGCAGCUGGGGAGGCUGUGUGACAUCUUAGAUGACAAUGUGAACAUCAUCUACAUCUGUUCCCAUAAUAUGAAUGACGAAUUAAUGCUAUAUUACAAUAAAAUCCUGAGUCUACAUGCAGCUGUCAAAUCAGGGAACCUUGAGGACAAAAGUGACCUGCAGCAUAGGUUCAAAAUUAUCACCCCUGAAGCUGUAAACAUCUUCACUAUGAUAGAACAACUGAGCCAGGCAGUGACUGAUCACCUGCAGAUCCAGCGCUGGCUCUUUAAAAUGGACUUGGAGUUCGGAGGAAACGGGACUGCAUUUUGUGACAUUCCUUCACACCUACAGUGCUACAAGUCAGUGCUAAAGGAGAGUAACAGAUAUAGCUGUGAAGACUGGAGAAAGAAGUGGGCACAUGAGCCAGCUUUGGUGAAGAUCUCCGAGGAGCUGGCGGGCAUUUUAGCACAGCACGCACAGCCAGUCAAUGAGAAACGGUUCCCAACGUGGAGGAAAUUCCUCCAAACAUUUCUCAGUCAAGGGGGUGUGAUCGAAGCAUUCCCACCUGCAGACAGUGUCACCAAGCUGACAGUAGACAUGCUGAUUGAGGCCAGUGGAGAGAUCAAGGUGCUGUCCACAGGGGACCAGUUUCAUCCCGAAGGUCCCUUCAUUUCUUCUGGUACCACUGUGCCUCAGACCUCAGUGAAUCCCCAAGUUCUCAGUUCUUUGUGCCUCUGAAUUGGAAAGGCCUGCCAAGUGAGAGAUGUGGUUGGUUAUUUUUCUAUAGAUCUGGUGACUUUUAUUGAUCCGAGGACCUUGGAACAGCAGCUAUGGGCAACGGGCCUCAGCCUCUCAUAUAGUGACCAGCUGGCCCUGACUCAGCUCACUCUCUACCUGACAAAUGGCCAUCUGGACUGCAGUCUGAGCACCCUUGAAGUGCCCCGCUUUGUCCCAAAGAAGGAAACAAAAAUGAAGCAGCGUGGCACCCUGUCAGUGCUGUCACAGGAAACCUGUCGCUACGCAGUGAUGACCACCCAGCUGAGGCAUAACAACCUCUCACUGGUUUUCCACUAUGUUUUCCUCCAGAUGUGUAAGGCACACGGCAUUGGUUAUGACCUUGAGGACAGACAAGGAACUGUUUUUAUAUUAUAUGAACACCUGAAGAGAAACAAGUUGGGCAUGUUAACAAUCGGUGUGGAUCUCCAGGGGGUCCUCAUGACCUUUGCUCACAAUCUCUUCAUCAUCCAUCAAGAAAUAUCAGCACCUAAUAUGCAAGGCGAGACCAAUUUUAAGACCACCAUUGAUGAUAUCAAAACCAUUCUAGGAGUAACAAGGGAAAACAAAAUGAGAUUUGAAGAAGAACUACAGUCCAAAGAUGAUAAAAACCUCUCUAAGGCUGAUAAAUGAUCCUGAAACACAUUACAAUUUGGGAAUCCCAGUCUGGAGAAAGAAAGGGCAAUAUUUCUUCUGGUAUUAGGAAUAAAAGUGGUGGUGGGUGGAAUGAAUUUGUUUUGUUUGCUAAAAUGUGAAUCAGAACAGGUUAUAAUGGUUUACUUUUUUAAAAAAAUGUAUUAAAAUGUAUUAAGAGCUUAUUUUACUCAUUAA